GGGUGGCAACAGCGGCAAUGGCGAUAGGGUGACCUACCAGUUUACAUCGGAAGGAAACCGCAACCAGGUCAGACAAAGUCGCCAGUUCCAGAACGGGUCGCAGCAGAGGCAGCACAAGCAGGAGCAGCAGUCCAACGGCUUUAACAACAAUAACAACAAUUUAAAUGCCUUCAACAACAACAAUAACUUCCAACAGAGACCGCCAGUGCGCAACCGCACGCCCCAGCAGAUCAACAACGACUACACCUCAUUCGGAACCAGCGGAACCGGCAUCAGCAACAACAACUUCAACAAGUUCAGGAACAACGACGAGAACGACAUCCACCGCCUGAGCCCGACCAACAGCUUCCCCACCGGCAGUCACCAGAGGAUCAACUUCCAGCGGCCAACUUCGACGCAGCGGCCGCUGGACCAGUUCCCGGCCUCCAGGGCGACCGCCCUGCCCCAGACAGCACAGCGCCUCCCCCACGGUGACGCCCAGAAGGACGUCCUCAAGGACCGCGAACCCCAGCCCGCCAUCAACCGCGCGGCCCGCGUCCCCUCGCAGCCGCAAAGCACCGUCAACAUCGACCAGACGGUACAGUCCAUCCUCAACUGGAUCCAGGGCAUGUCCCGCACGCAGGAGCGCAGAGCACGCCAACAGGGCCAACAGGGGCAGCCUGCCAGGCAGUACCUCCCGGCCGCGGAGGGCAACGCACGGCCUAGGCCCUUCCAGCCCAGCAGACCCGCCGACCCCACGCGCCAGCAAGUGACCCCGCCGUCCAGGCAGUACCUGCCCGUGCCGGAGUCUCCCUCCGGCCCGUCCACCGAGGCGCCCAGGCCCUUCGAGACCCCCGUGCCCGAGCUUCCCACCGGGCCGGCGGAGACCCCCGCCCCCGGAACCGGACCAGCCCCUGGACCUGCCCCCGAGCCGGGCACCGAGCCCGCCCCCGGCCCUGGACCCGCCCCCGGGCCGGAGCCUGUGCCCUUCCCCAUCCCGGAAACGCCCGCCCCCGAGCUAGAGACGCCCGCCCCUCCGGCGCCGACUGAGCCCGCCCCCGGCCCUGCUCCCGGCCCCGCCCCCGGCCCCACGGAAGCACCAGCCACCGAGGCCCCGCAGACGCCCGCCCCCACGGAGGCACCGACGCCGGCAGCGCCACAGGAGACCUUCGCACCCGAGACUCCGGGCCCCGAGGUGGUGACCGACGCGCCCGCCACGCCGGCACCGGAGGCGUUCACCGACGCGCCGACGCCGCCGCCGGAGGCCGUGACCGACGCCGCGGAGACGCCCGCACCGACCGACGCUCCGGCACCCACCUCCGCACCGGAGUCCCCCGGACCGGAACUGCCCGGGCCAGACGCCCCCGCACCGGAACAGCCCGCACCGGAAGGCGGCGUCACGACGACCCCGGACGACAACGGGGUGCACCCGCCGCACAUCCACGCCAUCGACGUGCAGUGUGCCAAGGACAUGAUGACCAUCACCAUUGAGUUCGACAAGCCCUACGACGGCAUCAUCUACUCCAAGGGCUACUUCAAGGACCCCAACUGCCGCUACGUGCAGCCCAACUCGAACCAGAUCAAGUACACCUUCACCGUGAUGCUCAACUCGUGCGGCACCCAGUUCGUGGACGACUUCCAGGGCGCCGCCGGCCAGGCCUACCUGGAGAACGUCAUCGUCCUCCAGAACGAGGAGGGCAUCCAAGAGGUGUGGGACUCGAUCCGCAGCGUGCGAUGCCUGUGGGAGGGCAACCUGAAGCAGGCGCUGACGGUGGCGCUGAGCGUGGGCAACCUCAACCAGGAGAUCGUCACCUUCGGCGGCGACACGGGCAUGGCCAAGCUGGACAUCCAGGUGGGGCGCGGCCCCUUCGCGCCGGCAGCCAACGGGCUGGUCAAGAUCGGCGAGGUGAUGACACUGGUCGUGUCCGUGGAGGGCGACCCGGGCUUCGACGUGCAGGUGCGCGCGUGCGUGGCGCGCGACGCGGACUCGGCCAACCUGGUGCAGCUCACGGACGACAACGGCUGCGUGCUCAAGCCCAAGCUGCUGGGCGCCUUCCAGAAGACCAAGGACACGGGCAACACCGGAGCCUCCAUCAUCGCCUACGCCUUCUUCCAGGCCUUCAAGUUCCCGGACGUCAUGGACCUUAUCAUCGAGUGCAGUGUGGACCUCUGCAAGACGGACUGCGAGAUGUGCCCCAACCCCAACCAGAAACUGGAGCCCGGCGCGCGGAGACGCCGCCGCCGCGAAGCCUGGUCGGGCAACGCGACGCACGGCGACGCGGCGCUCCUGGCCGAGGACGAGCUGGGCGUGGUGAUGGGCCGCCGCCUCAGGGUGUUCACCCCCGACGAGCUGCCCGUCGACGCCCUGCUGGAGGGCCCUGGCCAGGACGUCAACGCCACCACACUGCUGGGGGACAACGUCAUCCACAUGCCCGCCGAGUCAAGACGGGCGGACGGCGUGUGCAUGUCGCUGCCGGGCUUCGCGGCCUCCUCGGCCGUCAUGCUGUCCCUGCUCACGGGGUCGUGCCUGCUCAGCGCCACCCUCUGGCUCAAACUGCAGCGGUCGCACCUCUCCAAGCACCUUGUCAACCAGUGAGCCGCGCCAAACUGCACUGUUGGAAAAGAUUGGAAGACGAAAACCGAAACGGAUUUGAUGACGGUUCCCCCGCGCAGGUCGUGGCUCUGUGCACUGUCAUUUGGUGCACAGCUUUUUCUUAUUUAUUUCUCGGCACAGAGAAUUUCUUUCGGGGAAAGGCGCGGGGAACGGAUGUGAUGUCAAAUUUUGCUCUCGAGUGAUAAAACGGGAUUGUUUCCAACAGUGUCUAGACUGACUAGACGAGCUCAAACUUUGAAGAUCGGGCGUGGUCGUUUCCGCCUACAGAAUCGACUGGAUGCUUAAAAAGGAAGUAUUUCGGACUCGAGUCGCAAAGUCAAACAGUAGUUACCGGUAGUUACCCCGCUGUAUGUUACCACUCGGUGCCAAGACUCUUAACCGGCACCCGGUUUACGCCUUCUAACAUAGUUACCUGAUAGUUACCUUUGAGCCUCAGCUCCCCCUCUAUUGCUGUGUAUGUUUUGUUAUCAGUGUUUUCCUUAAUUUAUUUUGUUAUUUUGUCGCAUUCUGAAGCAAAGUUGUUAAUUGCGCUCUGUGACGGGCACUGCCAUUUGCAUAAAAGACCUGUAAGACAGUGACGCAUCUUGCCCGGGUACAUUCAAGUAAUUUUGUAAAUUGUUGUACUUACUGGUCAGCCUCCGCGCGCUUUCUGCCCUGCAUGUCGGGAUACUUGACUUACGGGUAGUAUCAAGCGAGACUGGACCUGCCGCGGAGAAACUCACUUGCAAGAUGCUCUUUAUUUAAGUCCAGGCACUCGUCUUAAAAUUUUGUGAGUUUCCUGUACCCAUCUCUAGCGUUGUUCGGAGAACACCGCAGAGGAUGGGGAGAUUAUUAAAAAAGCGUGCUAACUUUGCGAAUUUUUCUCCUGUGUGUGAGUGAGUGUGCGUGUGUGUGUAGUAGUCCUACUGGAAAAGAGAUGGCAAGAUAAUUAUGUGUACAUACGUGUGUCUAGCGAUUAUGGGUAGUAAUAAACUCAAUUUUGUACUAUAUGUAUAAAACCCAGACUGUCGUGCUGACUCCAUUCAUUCUCCCCAGCGUCCUCAUCACUGUUUCGCCUCGCGACCCGCUCCAAAGAGCGACGGAGUGCAGCAGAGAGUGACAGAGAGCAACUAACAGAUGA